GGGGCCAGAGGAGCGGCGCUCCGGGCCGCGCUGCGCCCGGCGGAGUGCGAGCAUGAGCGGCGGGGAUGCCGGUGGGGGCCGGACGGGCACCCUCAGCUACGGCCUCCCCUCCAUCCCCUCCAGCAAACUCCCGGACUUGCGUUUUAUCAGCCGGGGCGCUUACGGGACCGUGUCCGCCGCCCGCCACGCCGACUGGAGGGUCCCGGUGGCCCUCAAGUGCCUGCAGGGGCCGCUGCUAGACAGCGAUAGAAACCACCUUCUAAAAGAAGCAGAGAUACUGCACAAAGCCAGGUUUAGUUACAUACUGCCAAUUUUGGGAAUUUGCAACGAGCCUGAAUUUCUGGGGAUAGUAACAGAAUACAUGGCCAAUGGGUCAUUAAACCAGCUAUUACAUGGGAAAGAUGUAUAUCCUGACAUUCCCUGGUGCCUGAGAUUCCGCAUUCUUCAUGAAAUUGCUUUGGGAGUAAACUAUUUGCACAACAUGAAUCCUCCAUUACUGCACCAUGACUUAAAAACCCAAAACAUUUUGCUGGAUGAUGAGUUUCAUAUCAAGAUUGCAGAUUUUGGCAUGUCCAAAUGGCGUGUCAUAUCCAUGUCGCAAUCACGAAGUGAAUCCUCUUUGCCAGAAGGAGGGACAAUUAUCUACAUGCCACCUGAGGAUUACAACCCCAGUCAGAAAACCCGGGCAAGUGUGAAACAUGAUAUCUACAGUUAUGCAGUUAUCAUGUGGGAAGUAAUGUCAAGGAAACAGCCAUUUGAAGAAGUUAUAAACCCCUUGCAGAUAAUGUACAGCGUGUCACAGGGACAGCGACUAGACUUGAGUGAAGGAAGUCUACCAAUGGACAUUCCUCAUCGAGGGCUUAUCAUGUGCUCAGUCUUGUUGCUUAUAAUAAGGUGCUUGGCUGCUUUCUUCAUGUCUGUACUCUUCCCUUGUUUAGAAUGUUUAAUAGACCUGGAGCCAGUUCUGCGAACAUUUGAUGAAAUAGCUAUGCUGGAAGCAGUAAUUCUGUUGAAGAGAUCGAAGUCACUAUAUGAAUCACAAAGUAUUUACAAGAGUGGAAAGAAAGCAAAUGUGGAACAGAUAUCUCUAAAUAUACCUCUGAAUCCUGAAAAGCCAACGUACUAUAGCUCCAUACAGUGUGAUGCACUUCCUCUUCGGAGCAUCUCUCCAGAUACAUCAAAAUUCAAGUCUAUUCCCCAGUGUAAUAUCCUCUCAUCAGAUGGAGAUUCUGGGUGUCUACACUCUCUCAGCAGCCAGAGCAUGGAUGGAAAUCUGUCUGUAACUCAGAGUGCCAGACCCCUUGUGCAUCCAAACAGUACUGUUCUCUCAUCUGACAAGAAUAUUUCAGAUGCCUCAAGUUCUGCAUCCUCUGUGCUGACAUCAUCACCAAUUCCUUCAGUACCAGGUCGGGUUGAACACUGGAACAGGUUGCCCAUGGAGGCUGCAGAAGUACCAUCACUUGGAGAUGCUCAAAAUUCAGCUGGACAAGGCCCUGAGCAACCUGAAUUAUCCUUGAAGUUGGCCCAGCUUUAUUUUGUAUUGGAAACCAUACAACAGAAUGUAGCACAUCAGUGGAUCCAAAGUAAAAGAGAAGAAAUUAUUGAUCAGAUGACUGAAGCAUGUUUGAAUCAAUCACUGGAUGCUCUUCUAUCAAGAUUUUUGCUCAUGAAAGAAGAUUAUGAACUUAUAAGCACUAAACCUACAAGGACAUCAAAAGUACGACAACUUCUUGAUACUUCAGACAGCCAAGGAGAGGAAUUUGCCAGAGUUAUAGUACAGAAGUUGAAAGAUAACAAACAGCUAGGACUUCAACCUUAUCCAGAUAUUGUAUCUAAUUCUCAAAGACUGCAUCUUUAAAUUUAUUCUUUCUUUUUGAAACCAUGUGAAUAUUUCUUACAUGAUUCUUGAUUCUAUAUAGUAUUUUAUACAUGUGCAGCUUUGUCUUUACUGUGCCUUUCUAGAGUCUCAGAAAUGGCCCUGAGUUCUAGCCUGCAUUUGGUCAGUGACCAAAUAAUAAGUUGGAGUGCAAUCAUAAAGCCAAACACUUGACAGUUGUUGACUCAUUUUGUAAAAGUAUUUUGUUUAUACAUGGCAAAGAAAAACAUUAAAGUUUUACCAUUUUACA